AUGGCCACAAUUGCAGGAUUUCUUGCCUCCAAGUAUGCAAUUCUCGACAUGGAGAAUUUGGGUGUUGAGUUUAUCAAAGAUGCUCAAAGAAAAUAUUUGCUUAAGAACAUCAAUUGUAAAAUGCUACAUUCGGUUCUUUUUAAAUGCAUGGACAAACAAAAUGUUGAUCUAGCCACAUCCUCAGAGUGGUUAUCUAAAGGAAAUAAUGGCCCACGGAGUGAAGCAUUGUACUGUCUCUUGCAGGAUAGGAAUUUGUUCUUCACAUCCAUGGGAUCUUUAUGCAGUCACUGCAAAAAAUGCAAGAAAACAAUUGAUCAUUUGACUACGCAGUGUGGGAAGAUGUUAAACAGUGAUUAUCUGCGGAGACAUAAUGAAGUUGUGAACUGCAUUCACCUUCAUUUGUGUCGAACCUACGGUAUUAAGAGAGGAAGCAAAUUAAAGACUCAUUCUGUUCAGUUCAUAAUAUCGACGCAGAAUGUUGAAAUCAGAGUCGAUAUGUCAAUCAUGACGGAAACUAAAGUUCAAUCCAACAAACCAGAUAUCUUCGUGUAUGACAAAACUAAACAAGAGAUAACCUUAAUCGAAGUUGGCAUCACGUCACAAGAUCGCUUCAAACAAGUCGAAAUCGAGAAAUUUCAUAAAUAA